AUGGUCACUUGCAAGUGGCGCGGCUUCCCAGGUGUGGGCCUCUCCUGCACUGGUGGUUGCGGUCAAGGGGAGACAGAGCUCACAAUCAACACCAACCACCAGAGCAAGGACGAAGACCAGACUUGCACAGGUGGCACUCAGAGCUACUGCUGUGCCGGUUUCAAGCCACCGAUUUCGAGAGAACAGAUCCAGGAGAAGUUCGAAGACGAGGUGGCGGAUCUGGCUCUUGAAGCCGCCGAGACUCUUGCUCUUGAAAUCGCAGCCAAGGCCUUCUGCCGCGUGGCUAUCAUGGUCGCAACGCUGCCCCUCCGCCUGAUCCCUAUUGUCAGUUGGAUCAUUUCAAUUGCCCUCCAGGUCGCCAUGCCCGCUCUGGUGAACGUGUGCGCCAAGGGUGUCGCAAAGGCUGGCAAGUCCGGCUUCAAGUUUAAGGGCAAGGACUACGAUGUCAAGCUAGACAAGCCGCCGACUACCAAGGGAAACCGUCCCGCGAUUCAGUCAUCUACCAAAGCGAAAGAGCUCCCACGGCCUUGCAAGAAGAAGAAUCUAGCCAAGAGAGCUUGCUACCACUACAGUUCCGUCAUCAACCGGCGUCCGGAUCUCAAAUCUCUCACUUGUGGUAACGUUCACGGCGGUGCUGAUCGCGAAGUACGAGACGAGUAUCACAAUCAGCACCAUACGGACCGGAGUAGUGGUUGGAUGCAAGAGCCCAUCGAGUGUCAUCGAGACGAGUGCCCUGGAGCAGCCGUCUGGCGUGCACGCGACAAGAGCGUCUGGAUUCGUCUGAUUCCCCGAGCUGACAACGCUGCGGCGAAUGCGUUGACGCUGCGCAAGAUGGAGACCGUCAUCGACAUCGACUUUGCCAAUAUGGGAAACAUGCCCCCUGACUGGGGAAUCACCGCCAACCCCUGCUGGCCCUCGACCCUCGUUCCGGACCCUGGCUUCGCGCUCCUGACCGAUGACCCGUGGUACGCCAACAAGGCGGCCAACCGUGCUUACACGCAGUACUAUGCCGCAGCCCCUCUCGCACAGUUCACCAACGGCAAACAAAACCGACCCGGGUACGGCUUCACCAAGAAGAAGUCGACCAACCCUAAGCCACCACCCCAGCCCGACAGCGACUCCGAUACCGACAUGCCCGACUACCCGGACGACGACUCAGAUGAAGAGGACUACCCUGGAAGUCGUCGCCGCGCGGUGGAUGAGAUCCACAGCGGCAACAGGUCGCCUAACGAUCUCAUCGUCGACGAGGGCAACUCUACCCGCCGGCCCACCGCCGAGGAGCUGCUCGAAGACUUUGGACUCAUCAAGUGCGAGGACCAGCACUGCCAGAGCGAAAUGGAGGAGCUCGGCUACGCGUCGCUCCCGGUCGAGUACGGGAUCGUGGCUACUGCCACCUCGCCGCCCACUGUUACUGCGGUCACGACGAGUUUCGCCGAGGCCAGCGACAUGGAGCUGCCUGCUUCCUUGAGACACGCGCUGGGAGUCUCUGCUGACGUGACGGACGCUGCGAGGUCCAUCAUCACUCCUGCACCGAGGCAUAACCCCACCAUUUUAACAAGGCCGACUGCGUCUUUCCAUGGACCAUGGCCGUGGGAGUUGAGGUGUGAGGAGAUGAAUGUCAAGGACCAGCUUGGUUCUCGUCGAGGGAGCUGA